AUGGUUCCAGCUGAAAGUACCACUGAACCCACAUCAAACAUGGAAUCAAAACCAACACAACCAAAUCCACCCCUAGAAACUCACCUCAUAUCCACCAUCACUACUCAGAACAAAUUCUCGGCCUUUGACAAUGAAAGCCCUGACAUGCCAAACAGUUUAAUGCAAACACAAGAAAAAGAUUCCCUAACAGAAAUAAAAGCAGACGCUGUUAUCCUUUGCGAUUCCAAUGGAAGAAACAUAAAUCCAACACUACUGUGCCCCAACUCCACUACCAAAUACCUGAAAUGCCCUACAGUAGAACAAGCUAGAGAAAUCUUUGACCGACACAAAUUCAUCGAGCCUAAGACCUUUAUCAUUCACUGUGGUACAAAUGACAUUGAAAACUACCUACUGACAACAUCUCCAAACAAAUGA